AUGAGCAAAACCUUCCCUAUAACUUCGAGAGCCAAGACAACUGCUCUAAAACAACCAAAGGAGCUUUUCACAUACACAAGAGAUAUUGAAGGUGAAUACCACUACAAUGCCAACCAAUCCCAUGAUCAUCUCCCGUAUUACUAUCUACCUGAUACUAAAGUUGAUACUCGAAUAGAUUUACAACUGGGGUUUAGAAAUUUCAAAAAGAUUUCGGAAGAAGCCAAUAUGUCCGAUUUUGGACCUUUACUUGAUGCAAUCGUGCAGUAUGAGCGAGAUGAGAACGAUGGGAAGCUAGGAGGAGAUGUAGUUACAUUCAGAGGUAUAAUGACGAGGUUAAUGUCAAUACCGUAUUAUAUCCAAGAUGCAUUGGAUUUGGUCAUUGUACCAUUUGAUGGGCAAUUGUUUAUGAAUUUCAACAACGAAAUUGAGUUGAGACGACGUAAGGAACAAGAAGAUCGAUUAAGGCAAACCUCCACCAAAGAGAAGUACGAAUACGUCAAGAAAUGUGAAUACAGUGGAUACAAAUUCGAAACAGUCGCCACCAUACCUCAACCUUGGAAAGAUGUGCUGAGGAAAUAUAUCGAUAGUCGUCACAAGAAACCCGUCAACAAUUAUGAACAAUUUUUAUCGGUGAUCAAGACUGGUAUUGGUCCAGUUAAAUUGGUACUUGCUGGUGAAAUUGAUUGUUGUUGGGAUUACAUACCAGAAAAGACUGCUUUUUCAUUACUGCAUUAUGUUGAAUUGAAAACUAGUAAAGUUAUCGAAUCCAACUCACAAAUACUCAAUUUUGAAAAAAAAUUGUUCAAGGCAUGGUGUCAAUGUUUCCUAAUGGGGGUGGGGAAAGUAGUUUACGGUUUCAGAGAUGAUCAGUUCAUUUUGAGAAAUGUGGAAAUUUAUCAAACCGAGGAGAUUCCAUUAUUGAUUAAAGAUAAUCCUUUGAAUAACUUGAAACAAAAUCAGGCUUCAAAAAUUAAUUGUACUAGUGCUAUGAAAUGGUAUGGUGCUGUUGUUGAAUGGUUGAAUGAUGUGAUUGAUAAAACUGAUGAGCUGGUGAGCUAUAAUUUGAAAUACGAUCCGUUGAGAAAGAGUUUAGUUUUGAGCGAAGCCAGCAAAGAAGAAAAUGAUAGAUUGAGAAAUGGAGGGUUAUUAACUGAGGAUUUUAAACAAUGGAGGCAGAGAAUGAAGAAGUAG